GAUAAAAGGCGCUCAGCGCGGGGCCUCUGCAGACCGCGGACUCUGCAGACAGCGGGCAGCAGCCACCAGCAGCCACCAGCGAGCACGACCAUGGCCAAGGAGUGGGGCUACGCCAGCCACAAUGGUCCUGACCACUGGCACGAGCUUUACCCAAUCGCCAAGGGAGACAACCAGUCGCCCAUCGCGCUGCACACGAAGGACAUUAAGUACGACUCUUCCCUGCAGCCGUGGUCGGCCUCCUACGACCCCGCCUCCUGCAAGAGCAUCCUGAACAACGGCAAGACCUGCAGGGUGGUGUUCGAUGACACCUAUGACCGCUCCAGGGAGGCCCUCUCAGACCACGGCUCCGAGCACACCGUGGACGGGGUGCAGUACGCCGCCGAGCUGCAUCUGGUUCACUGGAACCCGAAAUACAACACCUUCGGGGAAGCUCUGAAGCAGCCGGAUGGCACCGCCGUGGUGGGCAUCUUCCUGAAGAUAGGACGUGAGAAAGGCGAGUUCCAGCUGAUUCUCGAUGCGCUGGACAAAGUGAAGACAAAGGGCAAGGAGGUGCCCUUCACCAACUUUGAUCCGUCCUGCCUGUUCCCCGCCUGCCGUGACUACUGGACCUACCACGGCUCCUUCACCACCCCGCCCUGCGAGGAGUGCAUCGUGUGGCUGCUGCUCAAGGAGCCCAUCACCGUGAGCUCCGACCAGAUGGCCAAGCUGCGCAGCCUCCUGUCCAGCGCGGAGAACGAGCCCCCGGUGCCCCUGGUGGGAAACUGGCGCCCACCGCAGCCCAUCAAGGGCAGGGUGGUGAGAGCCUCCUUCAAGUGAGCCCUCCCCGAAGGGAACCCGCCCCCGAGAGCGGGUCCCGCCUCCUUCCCGUGCUCCUGUGCCACAUGUAUUUCAGUCUCCACACCGAGCGAUGAGCAAUGCAAUCACUGACGACAGGAUGAGUAGGAAAGCACCCGGCCUUUGUAACGAUCACCUUUCCUAGAAAAGUAGCAUUUGUAGCGCAGUUUCAAAAAAGAGAUGGAAGAGUAAAGAUAUAGGAAAAGGACUAUUGGGCACCAUUUUUCUGUCAUAAAUUUCACAGAACUUCAGUUUUACAAUUUUCACGUUACCCAUUGUCCAUCUUAACACCUUAGUGAGUAAUUCUAUAUGUAGGUGCGGAGGUGUGUGUAAGUCAUAGCAAUUAAACUUGACCAGACCGGAACUGAGAUGAGAAUGUGUUUUAACCCUUAACUAAACCAACAGAGGCCCAUGAGGUAUUAAAAUUCCAGCUCCUGUAAAGAUGACCUGGUUUUGAUUAUCAAUGAAACAAAGACACAUUCGACCAGGAGAUUUAAGAAAACAUGACCUGGUAUUUGAAUUUUUUCUUCCUAAAGGUGGUUGACUGUAGCCUAAUUAAUACUUUUCUUUCCCGGAAGGAGGACACUUAUUUUUAAUUUCGCUCCUUUGGUUUUGCAUGCUUGUUAACUAAACGGCCCGGAUCUCCGAGUUGCGGGUGGGAUUCACGACUCCUGGCACAGGUGGGGCGAUGUCUGACGUGCAGUGAGGCGGGCAGCUGAUCAGCAAAAUAAUAAAGACAUGAAUGCCAAGAGUUCC